AUGGCCCAGACCACGAAAGCUCCGAAUGCCGCAACAACCGCCCAGAGUAACGGCGUAGUCACAGCCAGCAGCGCUCCAGGUGCCGUCGGCACGAAUCGCAAGAAGCAGAAGCGGCGAGCGAAGCAGGCCGCGCGACAAGCUGCGGAUCACUUUGACACGGUCUCGCGAAACGGCUAUGUUGCGCAAGGCCAUAGCACCCUUCAUCACCCUCACCACACAGCCCUGCCGCAAACCGCGCAGCAGGUCUUGGACUAUGAGGACCCUGCAUUCGACGAUCCCGAUGAGUUCGAGGACGAGUUGGAUUACACGGAGGACGACGGACAGUACUACGGAGAUGGGUACGAUGCUGGGCUGGCCAGUCCCAAUGGACACUAUGCGAAUGACUACGCCGGGCUGGCUAAUGACAACACGCGGCCAAGAAAGAAGAACCGCCCCGCUGGCCACCACCUUGCAUACAACAACCCGCCUGGCACCGCUGCGUACCCGUCGCACUCAUUCGUACCUCCGCCACCACCUCCGCCGCCGCCAGCGCUCUCUACGGCUGCCUCACGCACGUUGCGCCACAGCGCUACCUCCAAAGAUCGCAUAUGGAACACGUCAACCCAAGAAGAAAGGGAGCGGAUCAAGGAAUUCUGGCUUUCUCUUAGUGAGGAAGAGCGCAAGUCCUUGGUGAAGAUUGAGAAGGAGGCCGUGCUCAAAAAAAUGAAGGAGCAGCAAAAGCACUCGUGCAGCUGCACUGUUUGCGGUCGGAAGCGUACGGCUAUAGAGGAGGAGCUAGAGGUGUUGUACGAUGCGUACUAUGAGGAACUAGAACAGUAUGCGAAUCACCAAGAGGACCCCGGAAACGGUGGUCCUAUGCUGCUUCCGCUGAGACGGUUCGCUGAUCGAUUGGGAAGGAUGCCUCCAGAUCGUGCGCCCCACUUUAUACACUCGCAUCAUCCCCCUCGGGGCCGGAUACACGAGCUUCCUGACGAUGAGGACGACGAAGAGGAUGACGAGGGCGACGAGGAGGGCUAUUGCGACGAAGAAGAUGAAGACGACUUCAGCGACGACGAGUCGUAUCAUCGGCCUCGCGAUCCUGCGGAUAACUUCUUCAACUUCGGUAAUAGCUUGACUGUCAAAGGUGGCAUUCUCACAGUUGCCGAUGACCUCCUGAAGAACGACGGCAAGAAGUUCAUCGAGAUGAUGGAGCAGCUUGCUGAGCGACGGAUGCAGCGGGAGGAGGAGGCCCAAUACCAAACGGCUGGGAUGGCUCAACCCUCGUCUUUGCCGAAUCCGCAUGGUCACAACCAUGUCCCUUUCCAAGAAGAGGAAUACGACGACGAGGACGAUGAAGACGAUGAAGACUAUGUCGACGACGACGACUACGAAGAGGAUGAUGAAAUGGACACAAUGACCGAGGAACAACGGAUGGAGGAAGGCCGGAGGAUGUUCCAGAUCUUCGCGGCACGGAUGUUCGAGCAGCGAGUGCUCACGGCCUAUCGAGAAAAAGUGGCACGGGAGCGGCAACAGAAGCUCCUUGAGGAGCUGGAAGAAGAAUCGCGGCUAGACAUCGAGCGCGAAGCCAAGAAAGCUCGAGACGCGCAGAAAAAGAAGGACAAGAAAACCCUUCAGAAGCAGAAGCAGGCCGAAGAGAAAGCUCGGAAGGAAGAGCAGAAGCUUGCUGAGGAAGCCGCUGUCAAGGCUGCCGAAGAAAUGAAGCAGGAAGAGCAGAAGCGAAAGCGUGAAGAGCAGCGGAAGAAGAAAGAGGCUGAACGCAAGGCCCAGGAAGAGGAUCGGCUACGCAAAGAAGCCGACAAGCAGAAGAGGCUUCAGGAGCAACGCGAGCGCCAGCAGGAACAGGAGCGAAAGUUGCAGGAGCAGAAAGCCCAGGGAAAGAAGGCUCGAGAGGAAGCCAAGAAGAAGGAGCGCGAGGAGCGAGAGGCUAGAGAGAAAGAGGCCAGGGAGAAGAAGGCUCAAGAAGAGCGUGAGCGCAAGGAGCGUGAGGCGAGGGCAAAAGCCGAGAAAGAGACCAAAGAGCGAGCACGGAAAGAAGAAGAAGCGGUCCAAGCUGCUCAACAGAAACCUCAAAUACAGAAGCGACCCUCUCAGCCAGCGGCCGUUGCUCUACCUUCAGGGCUCCUCUCGAAGCAAUCCUCACAAGGUCAACCCUCUCCUCUUGUGCAGCUCGCAACGCCAUCAAUACCCAAAGCUCCAACGCCCAAUCGGCCGCGCCAAAGCUCGCAGCAGGGCUCCCAUGGAUCCUCACCUAAGACACCGCAGGUCCUUCCGGGAGCUAGCAAGUCACUUUCGCCGAGCAGCAUGGUUUCUCAGCAGCAGCAAAAUCCCAUACAGCCGAAGACCAUACUAAUGAGACCGCAGAGCCAGCAGCCACAGACAAACACUCCACAUCAGCCUCCAGCUCAGUCUUCAUCUCCAAUGCCUCCCAUUGGACCUCCUCCUGGUAUGCACGGUGCGCCUGGUGUUGGCUUCAUGGGCAUGCCUCCAGGAAUUAAUGGCUUCCCACACUCUCCGCAUCCGAUGAUGCCUGUUCAGCGCGGUCCUAUGGGCCACAACAUGCCCAUGUAUCCCCCUCAGGUACCUCCCAUGGGACCUCAGUACCGCGGCUUCCCUCCGCCUGGCCCUCCUCCUGGUAUGGGCGGUCCGAACAUGAUGUCCCACGGGCGUGGAUUCCCUAUGGAUGCGCCGCCAGGCUUCCCGUCUCCAAUCCCGGGAGUGGGAAACGGCGCACCCGGCUUCGGCAUGGCAAAUCCGAUGCACUCUCACACUAGACAGCACUCGGCAUCGCUCGACAAGCCGAAUGCUAUGUCCUCUCCAGCAGUGGCCCCUCCAUCACAGCCCAUCGCACGACCAGCACCGAUCCAGCGACCAUCGAGCGUCAAGCCACCGGAAGGGGCUCAAGAGAACAAAAGGCCAUUAGACGCUGAGGUUGAUGAUCUGAGCAACCACCUCGGCAGCAGCGCCCUUCUAGAUGAUGCGGAGCCACUCCCAGUGAGCCAUCCUGAUUCUAGGCGCCGUAGCGUCGCGCCCGGAGCGCCGGGAAUGCCACAACCACUAAGGAUGGGUUUCGGAGCUUCGCCAAUGUUUCCCGACGCACCUGGACAGCCUCGCAUGGAUGCUUACGGGCUUGGGCCUAUGGGGGCUGGCAACACAUGGGGUUCACCAUUCGGUCCUCCCGGUUUAUCAGCCGGUCCGAACUGGAGUUCUUCCCCAACCACUGGCUGGCCAAGCAACAACGCGUUCGGCAUCGGUAUCUCACCAGGCCCGCAUCGUCCCAGCGUAUCUCGCCCUGUCGCAGUGCGCCUUAUGGUCUGCCAAGCGUGCAAGCAGCUAGCGGCGUCCAAGAGUGACCCGGAGGGCUACAUCGACGCUUCUGACGUUCACCGCCAGGUUGAGAGCACGCGCCCGCCGUCAGAAGCACCUGUGCAGCUCAAGGAGCUUCUCGACAUCUGCGAGACGGAAGGCGACGCGCAUAAUGGUGGAGGAAUAUUCCAGCUUAAGCGAGACCGCAAUCGCACGCUGGUGAAGUAUGAGGCCAUCAACGGGACGCCAAGCAUUGGACGAGCGCCAGGCGUGCUGGGAGAAAUCGGCAGUCCGAUACCCGGUCACAGUAUGCCAGCUUUCGGCCCAAGGGCUUUCCAGGCUCUAGGAGGUGUGUCCGCACCCGGCUUUUAG